AUGGGAUCUUAUUUAUCGCGAGAAAAUAUUCAAACCAAUUCAGAAGCCAUCCAGAAAUAUUCUAAAAUCACAGGAUGGUUUGAAUUACCAUAUGAUGUUAGAAUAUUGAUUAUUGAUUAUUUGGAUUUGAGAACAAGAGCAGAGUUAGCACGAUGUUCACAAGCUUGUCACGGAGAAAUACUUUCAAGUUGGAAUUUUAUCGAUGAAAUUAAUAUACAAGAUUAUAUUGAGGAGGAUUUACGACAUAUUGAGAUGGUUGUGAUAUCGAAAAACGAACAGUGGGUGUUCAGAAUUGUGGAAUUGCCAUCGUCUGGAAAUACUGUGGUUGUUGGAUGGGACAUGUUUCUAGCAGAAGAGGGAAUGUGUGAAUCGAUAUCGUUGACAGGAUAUAUGAAUAUGCAACCGUUAGAGAUUCUUGAAAUGUACUUCAAUAAUUUUGUGAAGAGGAAUAGAAGAAGUUUGAAGAGUAUUCGAAUGCAAAUUGUGAGUUUUUCCGCGAAACUGUAAUAAUUCAAACUUUUUUUGCAGAACGAUUUUCCGUAUCAUGAAUGCAAUAUCAAAAAUUUGCUAAAUCCAGGAUUACAAGAGAUUAUACUUCCAAAUAACACUGUUCAUAAAGUCGAUCCGAUUGCAUGUGGAUUCGUAGAUCUCGACACAAUAUUUCGUUUCCAACAUAUAAUUGAAGUUCCGAAUUUAAAACUCGAUUAUUCUCCAAAAAGCAAAACAAAAUUCGUAAUAUUAAACGCAGCCAUAUUCAAUUUAGAAGAACUCGACGAUUUUUUGCGACAUUGUUUAAUUGAAGAAGAUGUUGAUGAGCAUUUCGAAGUUAUGAAGAUAAUGUUGAAAGAUGCUACGAUGCCUGAUAUAAAUAAAGAAAAAUUGAUUGAAGUUAUCAGAAAAUAUGCUGAUAAUGUGAAAUUUUCGGUAGACUAUUUGGUGGAUAAACGCCGUAUAUUUUGGCGAAAAUCGAAAAUUUUGAAGAACAAAUCACGAUGUAUAUAUUUGGAUGAAGAUUAUUUACAAUAUUAUACUGAAGAUGAAUGA